CUACAGAUUUAGAAAUUACAGACCUAGACAGAGUAAUCUCUUCAAAACCAGGAGGUGCUCCAGAUAGUGACCAGGAGGACCAGUGGUCACCAAAGAUUGCAUUGCAAGUAGAUCUGUCGAUUUUAAAACAGGUAGAAAUCUUGGAAGAAAAAGUGGCAGGAGGUAGCAUGCAAGUGCAGGGAUGGAAGGUUCCUCCAAAGCUCUCUACGGUUCCUACUAUCAAGUUUAAAAAUCAAGAUAACUCUGUCUCGGAUAUCAAACAAACAAAGUGCUUUUCUGUGGGGCUUGAUGAGAAUACCCAAGUAGAAAGAAUUGAAAUUACAAGUGCUGUACAGAAUAAUACAUCAGUAGAAGAACAGACCAAAGAAGCUAGUAAUAAUGUCGCUACCACAAGAAAAGUUAUGAGUGAAAAUGAUGAUGAGGAAGAAUGGAGUGAACUGUGUCUAAGAGACACUGCUGAAGCAGCCAUUGAGCCAAAUGACAAAAGUGUUAACCUAAUAGAGGUUGCUAAGGACCGACUCCUGCAACUUGAAAGUGCCAUUGAAAGACGAUAUAUAAUGUCACCUCUAGGUAUUAACAGCACACAGAUGACCCUGUCCUCACCCCACACCACUAGUGCCAAUCAAGCCCAUCUUAUGAUGGAAUCUGAGGACGAAGAGCCAUCAAGAGGGUUGCUUCGCUGGCGGGCUGCAGUCAAGAAAUGUCGUUCAGCAGAUCAAUUGGCAAUGUGCCUAAAUAUGUUGGAGGCAUGCAUAGCAUGGGACAAGUCUAUCACCAGAGCUAGCUGCCAGUUUUGUCACAGUGGAUCUAAUGAAGAAAAGCUACUUCUUUGUGAUGGAUGUGAUAAAGGUUAUCACACUUACUGCUUUAAGCCUAAAAUGGAGACAAUACCUGAUGGAGAUUGGUACUGCUAUGAGUGUUUAAACAAGGCCACAAGUGAUAAAGUCUGUGUGCUGUGUGGUAAGCAAGGGAAGUUAAUUGGUUGUGAUCUGUGUCCAAAAGUCUUCCAUGUGGACUGUGUAGGCCCACCACUAUCAAGACCACCAAAAGGGAAGUGGACGUGUGUAAGCUGUAGACCUCAGAAAACUAGCAAACAGAAAUCUGCAUCAAGGGAGAUGGAUAAAGAAACAACACCAAAUGAAAAAUGUGAAAGUGAAAAGAAAGAAAAAUCUAUUCUGCUUACGAACAAAGAGCUUGCUCUUGUGAUGACUGUUUUGGAUGAGCUAGAUAAACAUGAGGAUUCCUGGCCUUUCCUCUUUCCAGUCAACACCAAACACUUCUCAACUUACAAAAGAAUCAUAAAAAACCCAAUGGAUUUAAGCACUAUUCGGAGCAAGUUAGAAGGGGGAAUAUACAAAACGAAAGAGAGCUUUGUGGAUGAUGUGAGAACAAUCUUUGAUAACUGUGAAACUUUCAACGAAGACCAAUCUCCUGUGGGAAAAGCUGGCCAUAUUUUGAGGUUAUACUUUGAAAGACGAUGGGCUGAACUGACUUCAACUUGAAUACAGUUAUGCUCAUACGUUGUUACUGAUGAUUUAGCUGCUUCCACCAGGUGGAGCUACUUUCUUGUUUGUGAAUGUGGAAGUGCCUGAAAGGUUAAAGUGUCGCACGUAGAUGAAGUUGCUUUUGUUAGAAUUUGUGUUUUUCGUGUGGUGUUUUAUGCAAGUUUGGUAAGCAAACAAUAUUUACUUAGUGUUGUUUUGUGUCAGUGUGUAACACACGCGAGAAAUAUAACUCAGUGAAUCUAAUCUUUUGUGUGAAAUUCUAGCACCACCUAGUGGUAUAGAAUCUAUUUUAUGGCCAUUGUUACUGGUGAGUAAAGCCAAAAACACUGCUCAGCAGUGAUGAUAACACACUCAGUACCUCAUGCUUCCCGUUUCUUGUCUUCGGCAUCGUGUUGGUAAAGUAUUGUCGUCUCUUAAGGUUUCUAUGAUCCAGGGUAUUUAAAUAUAGAGAUACAAUUUUCUUAACUUUUUGUUUACAGUAUUAAGCUGUGAGUUCUACAACUUUCCCUAUUUUUCCAAAACAUUCUACGAUAUUUCAUUAGGCCAGAUUUCCAGUCCCUUUUCUUACUACGUCGUAGAAUAUAUAGAUUUUUUUUAUGUAUUUUUGUACAAAUGUGAUUACCCCAACUGUUUGAGAAUAUGUCUUGACUCGUACAGUUUUAAACAUCUGAUUGCGUACCUUGUGUCUUUAUCACGGACCAAAUCAGUAAAUACAAGGGCAGAUAGUGUAUCCCUUGUGAAAAUAAUUAAAUGUAACAUUUUCAAUACUUUGUAUUGUGAAAACUCAUUAUUUAUAUAGAACAAUGUAGGUGUGUAGUAGUUUUUGUAUUUAAUACAGUGUCUAGUCUUUUGGUGGUACUUGCUUAUAUUGAUUAACUUAUUUAUUAGUAUUGUAUUUCGUGUAUAAUUCAAUCAAGGUGUUCAAAAGUUGAACACUGUUCUCCAAUAAUGAGUAUAGUUAUAGUGACUUGCAUCAAAUUUUAGUUUUUAUACUUUAUUUCUGUCUAUUAUUCUAUGUAGAAGAACAUUUUUUUGAGUGUUUUAACCAAGAAAGUCAAAAACUACCUUUGUCACGUUAGUGAGGAACAUUGUAUCUGAUACCAAUUGAGUUAGAUACUUGAACAGGGCUGACGGAGUAGAAAAUUUUGUUUUAGUACAAAGAUUCAGAAACUAGUCAUUUCAACUAUAACUGUGGUGAUACCAUAACACUUUGCUUGUGGUUUAACUUGAAUUAAUCAUGAAUUGAAACAUUUUUCAUGUGAAGUGAUUAGUUGUGUUAAGUGUGAUUAAUGAAGCAUGGUCAAAACAAGGUUGUGUUAUUAAAUUAUACGGUCUUUAUUCAUGUGUACGGACUUGCAGUGGUAUUUAAGAACUGCUCCAAUAUUUUUUUGAGGAAAUUCAAUAUUUAUUAUUUAUCUUUAAGUUGACGACCAUUAAAAGUUAAGUAAUAUUUUUUGUCAUCAAAUAUCUUAUUAUAGCAGAUGACAAAACCCGAGUACAUUCUCCGAGUUUGUGGAUUUUCUGUAUUUCCAGUUUAAAACAAAUAGUGACUUAAAAGUAUUUCAUUGGCUGGAGAAGAAUCUCCGAUUUCACCAAGGAAAUUACUGUAGCUUGUUAAGUGAGUCUCCACCAAAUUACAGGGAUGGGUACGGAUAACGGACUUAAAAGUAUUUCAUUGGCUGGAGAAGAAUCUCCGAUUUCACCAAGGAAAUUACUGUAGCUUGUUAAGUGAGUCUCCACCAAAUUACAGGGAUGGGUACGGAUAACGGACUUAAAAGUAUUUCAUUGGCUGGAGAAUAAUCUCCGAUUUCACCAAGGAAAUUACUGUAGCUUGUUAAGUGAGUCUCCAACAAAUUACAGGGAUGGGUACGGAUAACGGACUUAAAAGUAUUUCAUUGGCUGGAGAAGAAUCUCCGAUUUCACCAAGAAAAUUACUGUAGCUUGUUACGUGAGUCUCCACCAAAUGACGGGGAUGGGAACGGAUAACGGACUUAAAAGUAUUUCAUUGGCUGGAGAAGAAUCUCCGAUUUCACCAAGAAAAUUACUGUAGCUUGUUAAGCGAGUCUCCACCAAAUUAGAGGGAUGGGUACGGAUAUCGGACUUAAAAUAAAAAUAGAAAUUUAUGGAAGUGUUGCAGAAGCAUUAACCACAUUUUAGAUUAAUGAACGUUCGGUUUUGUUUAUUUACUAAGAAGUAUAGAAAAUUCUUAAUUAAUAAAAUAUUAUCAAUUUAAGUUUUUCAGAAAUCUUUUACUUUAUAUUUUGGGAAUUAUGAAAAUAGUAACCUAACCUAAUGUUUAUGAACUAUUUAAUUGUAAUUUUGUGUACUAAUUAAUUUUAUUUCUGAAAACAAAUUACAGAAAGUGUUAAAAACUUAACCAAGUUGUUUGGAAACUGACAUGUAAAACAUAAUUAACUGUACAAUUAUGAAUUUAUGUUUUGAAACUAAAAUGUUGUGUAACAAACUGGAAAUAAUAACUGAAUUUCAGAAACAAAGCUAUAAAA